AUGCCAACGCGACUGGAUGAUUUGGGGCUCUCAACAGAGGAAGUAAGCUGCGGUAGAUUGGAGGCGGGCUCGCCUCGCGAUACAGUGACGUGGACACCACUGCAAUAUGCAUGUGCAACAGGAGAUGCUGAACUUGUGUCGGACAUUAUUGCUACGAGUCCGGAGGCUGUAAAUGCUCUGGGCAAUACAAAAUACUCGUAUUCACCAUUGCACGUUGCUGUGCAUUUUGAACACGAAGCUAUCAUCAAGUUAUUGCUUUCAGCAUCGCCAGCUGCAAAAGUCAAUGCAGUUGACAGUCAAGUGGGCUCUACAGCUCUGCACUUGGCAAUUUUGCAGGGCAAUCGUAAAAUAGUCAAGCUUUUGCUAGAUGAUGUCAACAUUCAGUUGCUCAAGUCCAAGAGCGGAACGACACCAGUCGAAUUGGCAGAAGAGCUCGAGUUCUCUGACAUGCGCGCGGCUCUCGUAGAUCAUGCAACUCGUGCCGCUGGUCGUACGCAGCUUUCUAGCUGGUUGGCAAGCAUUGGGUUGGUAGAAUACGCGCAGUCGUUCUUUGACGAGGGCUUCGACGAUGCACAUUUCCUGUUAGCCACGGGUGGACUCGAUGACAAGACGCUGGAUACCAUGCAUAUUCAGAAGGCAGGGCAUCGUGCGAAGCUACAGAAAUUGUACCAACUCAAGGAAUUCCUACAUGUCGAGUCGGAAGCUGAAAGUUCAGAAGAAAGCAACUCCAGUGGAGAUUCCGACGAAGAAGAAUCCGAUUCGGACGGGUCUGGAUCGGAUAAUGAGAGCUCCUAA